GUUACGUCCCUUUUAAUAACAGAAACAUUUCCUCAAGUCAACUGCAUAUGUGCCUAUACUGCAGAAUUCAGCGCAGGAGGCAGGGUGGCCUAAGAGGAACCAACAUCUGCCUAUCCACCUAUCUGAAUGACAUGACUUUUGACUGCAGAUUACUGACAAAUCUCUUCCCUGUUUACAGAAACGAGGUAUUUGAAGAUGUGGUCAAGCGCUGUACAUAUGGUCAACUUGGACAGAUGUGGCUACUUCCUGGUCAUCUUUUUCUCACAACCAAAUCCAGAUUGAAAGUGUUCAGCUUUGACUUCAUCCCUGCCAGUAGACAACAGAUUUCUGACACUGGUCCACUAGGGUUCUACUACCAGUCCAUGCCGUCCCCCAUCCUGGAGGUGCUGGACCCUGCCAUCUAUCCCAACACAGUCUUUGUGGUGCAGAGAAGCGGCCAUGUGCAGUGCUGGAAGUUUGAUGAGGAGUACACAUGGUCAGUCUAUGCUGAGUUUGAUGUCUGCAACGCCACAGCUGGUGCGGAGGUGGUCAGUGUGUGCAUGGACCCCGCACACAAGUGCAUCUACUGGUGUGAGAGGAGGGCGGCCACGGAUUCUGCUACAUACUGUGUCUGCAAAAGGACUCUGCCAGAUGACUUGGCAAAGGUGAAGAGUAAAGACAUUGGCCCUGUGCAUGCCCUGGUACACAACUGUCCACCCAGCGACGUCUAUGUCAUCACAAAUAACAUUCUCAUAUCAUCCAGGCCAGUUGAUGGGUCUGUCCAUUUUAUUUUAUGGCUGAGUAUCAACAAGCAGAGUGUCACAAUGUUUGUUGCUGGAGAGAAACUAGAAACAGAUUUAUCUCCCCUUCCAUCAGUGGAUUUCAGGACAGUUCUUGUACAGUGUCUGCCUGUCAUUGCGAAGACUGGUCAGUACAGCGGCAGGGUGUAUGUCCAGCUGGACCCACAGAGAGGUCAGAUGGUCGCACUGCAGGAGGAUGGGAAGCUGUACAGAUACCACACUGUGGAUGACAACAGCGAUGUGGUCACCUGCACAAUGACCCAGUUCCCAGACCUGUCAGAUGUGGAGCUGGAGGCAGACAACUGGUUCCUCACACAGACUGUCUUUGGUAUUAGAACUGGCAGCAAACUCAGGUUGUUUAACGCCAGGCUAGGUUUGCCGCUGCGCGAUGUGACCUCACCAGACAGCGGAGAGAUUCUGGGAGUCAGUGUGUCUCAUAUCCCCACUGUCAUGGUGGGAUUCUUUACCCAACACGACAUAUACAUUGUACAGAAGAAUUCUGCAAAAGGUGACAGUCUGAGUAUGAUGUCCGCACCUGCAGGGAGGACGUUCCAGACAGACAGUCUACAGGUUGCCUACCUGAGUCAGGAGAAGCAACAGGACCAGUCAGCCCAUGUUGUCAAAAGGAUAUCACACCUACACAGGAGGUGGAAAGGGGAUCAAGUGAAGCAGCCAAGGUCAAGGUUGUCUCAACUUGUAGAUCCCUACAUGGCAGAGUUCUGGAGGUUAGAGGAGCUUGUUGGCAGUUUAGCAGAUAGGUCCAAGCUUCCAGUCAACACUGAGGCAACAACAGUGGAGGAGGAGGUCAGGAACAUUCUCUUCAACAAGAGUUCUCUCCCUUUGGAUGUGCAGCAAGCCCAGAUCCUGUGGCUAUGUGAGAAAUACCCAGAUGUGAUGCUUCAGGUUCUCACUGGUGACCUACAGUAUGAGACAGAUGACCUUGCCACAGACCAGGCUGACCGCUGGCAGCGGCUACUGGGUCUGGAGGCUGACACCACUCCGUCAGGGGAUACAACUCUCCUGUUGUUUGAACACGUCUGCCGUCUGCUGUACAAGCUCAAGCCUCAAAACCUGAUGCAGUUUGUCCGUGCAGCCCAGAGCAUCAGUGAGCAGACUGUUGGUGUGUCGGCUUUUGUCCGCAGGAAACAAACAUUCCAGUAUUAUAAAAAGGCACUGAGUUGUCUCCCCGAACCGGAUACAUCAUUGGACAUAGAGGCUGCAGUGAGAGUCAAGGUCAACCUCAUUCUGGCAAGUUGUGAGGGGCAUGACACAGAGAGAGCCAUCAAGCUCCUCCUGGAGCACCAGCAGUGGAAGACAGCCAUCACCCUGAUCAAGGAGCAGCCAGACAACUCCCAGUCCAGGGCGUGUCUCCUGUUCAUCACCAUGGCAGCACUAGCUCAGCAACAAGUCCUGUCAGAGUAUGCUAAAGAUAUAUUCUCCCUUGUGCCAUCCUGUCAAAGUUUUCUGACUUUCUCCGACAUCAUUGAGAAGCAGCCGGAAGUGAAACAAAGUCAGCUCACCAUGUCUGCCUCUGCAGUGUUCUGCCAAGGACCACCAGACAUUCCAGUUGGAUCUAUCAGACCAAUCCUACAGCAGGUGCUGUCAGCAGACAACAAAUGUUGACAGACAACUUGUUUCCUUGAAAUAAAGAAUUAUGUGACUAUCUUACAGAAAUCACAGAUUUAAUACAUAACUUGAGAGCAAAUUACCAAUAUUUUUGGCCAUGUUCGUGAUAUCAUUCGAUUGAAAAGUGUGAUUUAAACGAUCACUUCAUUCUGUGUCAUAACUUGUAAGUUUAUUUAUAAUCACAAGUCCAAACAAAUAAGAUACACUGAGAUUUGAAAAUGUCUGAUAGUCCUGUGCCAAUGGUAUUUGCAUUGAAUUAUAAGCCUUCAAAGAAAGUAUUCAUAUGGUUUCCAUAUAAUUGUGAAGUCUGUUGUCAUAGAAUGAACAAAUGUGUAUUUUUUUCAGGGGAAUUGUUCGACAGUGUUAAGCUGUCUUUGGGCAGAAUGCAAUAUUUUUAAAAGAUGUUCUUUUGAAAUUAAAGUACCUUCUAAUACCA